GAUUUGGCUUAUAGCGGCCAUGGUUGCCCCUCAAACGAAGGGCACAGCUUCUCCUACUUCAGGCCUUCACGUCCUCCAAGUUUAAUCCUGAAGACAUCGAUAUGGGUUCCGUCCAACAGCAUGAGAUUGAAACACUCAACAGCCUAGCAGCCCAAAUCAGCGAGCUAGCCGCUAAGAUGACCAAGCAGCUGGCGGCAGAGAAAGUGACACCAAUCACUCUCGAGGCCGACAGUCCGAUCAAGUACGAGAAACUUCCUGGAGACGUCUUCAUGACCCGGCAACUUCUUGAGGAUGCAUUGAAAGACCUGUGGAUUUUGAGCCAGGGACCGAGCGAGAGUGUGUUCAACUACGUACACAUGGCCAUCCCAGACGCGGCGUGCUUGAACAUCCUGAACCAGUUCGAUUUUUGGGGUGCAGUACCGGUGAAUGGCGAGGCGACGUUUAAAGAGAUAGCGAGCUACACCAAGCUCCCUCUUGAAGUUGUGAGCCGUGUCAUUGAUCAUGCGGUUACGAUGCGUUUCUUCGCCAAAUCUUCGCCUGCAGCAACGCAAGUCAGGCAUACUUCUCGAUCAGCUGCAUUAGCCAAGGACCCUGGCUUGUCUGCGCUGGUGCAGACAGUAUUGGAUGAAACGGGUCCACCUAUGUUCUUGCUUCCUGAAGCUCUGCGUCGCUUCUCGCAAGGGAAGGCUGAAUCAACCAAAGACAUGAAGGAGACUGCUUUCCGGCUCUGUCACUCUGGCGGUGCCUGGGGUGACUAUAACAAUAGUUGGGCCUUCAUUGAGAACGACGGCGAAGGCGAAAAGAAGGGAUGGCGGCAGAGGAACUUUGUGAAGUUCAUGGUGUACAUCAAGGAUCUGUUCCACACCGAGAACAUCAUACUCAAUGCUGUUGAUUGGGAGGCCGCCGGUGAAGUCACGGUCGUUGACAUCGCCGGAUCCGCUGGCCACGACGACGCCGUCCUCGCAGCCAGAUUCCCCAACCUCAAGAUCGUUGUCCAAGAUCUUCCAGAAGUCGCUCCAAUAUUCGAGAAAGAGUUCCCAUCCGAACUCAAAUCUCGCGUCUCCUUCCGCACACACAACAUGUUCGAUCCCCAGCCCGUAGAAGCAAGCAUCUACAUCCUCAAAUGGAUCCUGCAUGACUGGCCGGACGUCGAGUCAGUAAAGAUAUUACAGGCGCUUCGGCCUGCACUCAAACCUGGGGCGCGCGUCAUCUUCAUUGACUACGUAGGCAAGCAGGGACCGAGCGAUGAGGAAUUACCGAGAAGUAUACAGGGCUUUGGCACGGCUACUGAUCUUAGGAUGAUGGCGUUGUUUAAUGCAAAGGAGAGGCCAGUGGAGGCGUGGAAGGAUAUCUUUAGGCAGGCUGAUGAGAGAUUUGAUGUUGUUAGAGUAGAAGCAGACCCGCUGAGCUUCAUGUGCGUGCUUGAAGCGGUUUGGCGCGGCUAGGGGUGAUUGCUGGGGUCGUACAUCCUGACGAUUGUUUGGCGGUUACCAGGAAAGGCAUUGGUUGUAGAUAGCGAUAUCGAAGUCUGUGGAUGUUUCGUGUCACCAGAUCGGUUUGUGCCGUGUUC